UCCAAUUUCUCUCUCUCCCCUCAGCAGCUGUCACAGUAGAGGAAUGGCUGCACCAUAUUCCUCACUCAUUUGCCCACACUCUUCCUCCUCCCCAACCCUCUCUCUCUCUAAAACCUCCCCCAAACCCUCUCUCUCCAAACCUCUCCUCCUCUACACAAACCCUAACAACAACAACAACCGCAUCACCUCUCUCCUCUCCGCUUCCCUCCGCACCCCCUCCUCUCCUCACAACGAUCCUCUCGCCGACCAACGCACGUGCGCUGCUCUGGAUUCCUUGCUCGUGCUCUGCGCCUCUGCAGCUCUCUCUUUCACUCUCUUCGUUGCCGACGCCGAUUUGGCUUCGGCCUUGGUCGUUGGUACGCCGAGGAAGCUUCAGUCCGACGAGCUCGCUACGGUUCGUCUUUUUCAAGACAACACGCCCUCCGUUGUCUACAUCACCAAUCUUGCUGCUCGGCAGGAUGUUUUCACAUUGGAUGUGCUGGAGGUGCCUCAAGGGUCUGGAUCAGGUUUUGUCUGGGACAAAGAAGGUCAUAUUGUGACAAACUAUCACGUGAUUCGUGGUGCAUCUGAUGUCAAGGUCACUCUUGGUGACCAGACAACUUAUGAUGCAAAAAUUGUUGGAUACGACCAAGAUAAGGAUGUUGCCGUAUUGCACGUUGAUGCACCCAGAAACAAACUGAGACCUAUACCUGUUGGUGUGUCGGCUGACUUGCUUGUAGGCCAGAAAGUAUAUGCCAUUGGAAACCCUUUUGGACUUGACCAUACACUUACAACUGGUGUCAUCAGUGGGCUUAGAAGAGAAAUCAGUUCUGCUGCUACUGGACGUCCAAUCCAGGAUGUUAUCCAGACAGAUGCUGCCAUCAACCCCGGCAAUAGUGGUGGGCCACUUCUUGAUAGUUCGGGAAACCUUAUUGGGAUAAAUACAGCUAUAUACUCUCCUUCUGGUGCAUCCUCUGGUGUUGGUUUUUCAAUUCCAGUUGACACGGUAGGUGGCAUUGUUGACCAGUUGGUGAAGUUUGGGAAAGUAACAAGACCGAUAUUAGGAAUCAAGUUUGCACCUGAUCAGUCAGUGGAACAACUAGGAGUUAGUGGGGUGCUUGUCUUAGAUGCUCCUCCAAACGGUCCAGCUGGCAAAGCAGGCCUGCUCCCUACUAAACGUGAUGCCUACGGCAGGCUCAUAUUGGGGGAUAUUAUAACAUCAGUAAAUGGAAAGAAGGUCACUAAUGGGAGUGACUUGUACAGAAUUCUUGACCAGUGUAAAGUGGGUGAAAAGGUGAUUGUUGAAGUGCUACGAGGUGAUCACAUUGAGAAGAUCCCAGUAUUGCUCGAGCCAAAGCCUAAUGAAUCAUAAUAGCUCAAAUGAAAACAGCAUGGAAAUCCAGAUACCAUACAGAUUGCAGACAUGAAUACUGCAUAUUGAAUUCUGUGUAUUAAUUGUUUCACAAAUAUGGGCGUUGUACAUAUUCCCGCUAUUGUGUACAAUGAUGCGAGCAAAAGUGAUUCGAUGGAACUGUUACAAUAUGUUUUUCCCUGCCAGUACAAAGGAUCACUAAGGACGUGACCAGGAAAGAAGGGCUCCCUUGAGUUACAUGGCCUGUGUAUUUGUGAAAUGGAUGCAACUUUUAACAGUCGAUCCAAUGCUUCCUGCAUCUAUACAUACAUAUACAGUAUUCUACUUUUCUGAAAGUUGGGAUCUUCAAACACAACGAUCCGAAAAUAAUGUGCGUCACAUUGCUUCCCUCAUCAACCUCGAGUGGAAAUGUUGCGAAGCUGGGAGAUGUGACUGUCCAGUUAGUUACGGCUGGAAGGCAAGAGUUUAGUUUGCAGUUUGCACCCUUCGGCCUUGAGUUAAAGGGUAAAAGUGUUCGGAUCAUGAUUUGCCUAUGAAUUUGUAUAGGUAAAGAGAAAGGCAAGGACACACACAGUCCAUUUUUCUAGUCAAACUUUAUGAUGAUUCCAGUUAAUCAGGUUUUGCAGUUUUCAUCGUCCAA